AUGGACCCCAUCAACUGCUCGUCUGUGGAUUUCUCUGAUGUUCUGGCCAGCAAGAUGAGCCCCAGUAAGAUCCUCCUUUCUCUGACUCUCUCCUUCCUGGCUGUGGCCACCACCGCCAUCAACUCCCUGGUCAUCACUGCCAUCCUGAUCACCCGCAAACUCCACCAACCCGCCAACUACCUCAUUUGCUCUCUAGCUGUGACAGACCUUCUGGUCGCUGUUCUGGUGAUGCCCGUCAGCAUUGUGUACAUAGCAGAAGAGACCUGGGUUCUUGGUCCCAUUGUCUGCCACCUGUGGUUAGGUGUCGAUGUUACAUGCUGCACCUGCUCAAUUUUACACCUCGCCGCCAUUGCGCUUGAUCGAUACCGUGCCAUCACUGAUGCUGUGGCGUAUUCACAAAAGCGCACAUAUAAAAGAGCGAUCGUAACCAUAUUGUCUCUGUGGACACUUUCCGUCCUGGUGUCCCUUCCACCCUUAGUAUGGAGGAAAUUGCCUAAAGUGGAAUUCAAGGACGGGAAGAGGGAGCCCAUGGACUGUUUAAUCGAACACGACCACGUGGCUUUUACCGUUUACUCAACUUUUGGAGCAUUUUACAUUCCUCUGGCACUCAUUUUGGUUCUUUACUACAAGAUCUACAAGGCGGCGGAGAUGCUUCGUAACCGUAGAGGAAGCAGCCGGUUAGUCAAACAGACCGUCAGCAGUGUAAUGCUUCCGGGAAUGAGCUCUGAUAAAGACAUCGCUUUAAGUCCUGACUCAUUUUGCCCAAUUGAGAAGUCUUUUUCUGAUCCUUCGACAGAUGGGGAAAGAGUACGCAUUACUUCCUCAUCAGGUAAUCUCAUCAGAGUCCGGAGGAACCCGGGAGCCAGGGAGAGACGGGCAGCUUUGACAUUAGGACUAAUCCUGGGAGCUUUUGUGGUGUGUUGGUUACCGUUCUUCCUGAAGGAGGUGAUUGUAAAUAUUUGUCCGACCUGCACCACCUCUGCGGUGCUUGCAGAUUUCCUCACCUGGCUUGGUUAUCUCAAUUCUCUCAUAAACCCACUAAUAUACACCAUCUUUAAUGAGGACUUUAAGAAAGCCUUUAAAAAACUUCUGCCACUCUGUUGCAGCACUGUCUUGUGAAAUUGCCUGGGAAGGAGGAAGA